AUGGAUGACUCUGAUGACGAAGUAAUUUACUUGGAUGAACUUCGUUCCAAUAAGUACGAAGAUUCUCCAUUAAUACCGACACAUAUAUUAGACCAAGCCCAACAAAGAAUAUUCAUUGUAUCAUUAUUCAUUCUUAUACAAAGUUGGAAAAUAUAUGAUUUAAUCUUGAUUAAAUCCGACACCUUUGUCGACACUCAAUUAACACAAUUAACGAGUUAUUCAUUUAUGCUCAAAUAUAUCAUACUUGAUGGAUUAUUCUUGUGGAUAUUACCUGUACUCAACAUUCAAUAUUUAACCUUUACUCCAUUAAAGACAUUGUUGUUUACAUUUGUUGCCUAUACCAUUUCCUGGUUUAUGAUAAGUUCAUUUGGUUUUCCUUUAGUGUCAAACUUGUUCUUGCCAAUUUGGAAAUUCUUCUUACAAAAGAAUGAGCUUAAUAUAGUUGGUGAGUCUAUCGACAGAAACAAAGUGAUAGAUAUCGAGUCUCACUUCAAAGGUAAAUUAACCAUUCACUAUUUACCUGAUUCCUCGGCCAAGAUGAACCCAUUCCAUUAUGAUAAAAUGUGUCUUGAAUCGAACAGUAUUAUUCCAAUGCCCAUUGAAUUCAAUACUACUUCUGGAAUUGGUUAUUUGCAAAUUCAACAAACAACUGCCGAUAAUGAGGUAAACUAUGUCAAUUACACUGGAAAUUCUUUAAGAAAGAUGUUUAGACAGGAUUAUUCCCAUUUGCAGAAAUAUAAACAGUUCAAGCCGGAUCAGAACAUUUUUUAUUUAGAGUAUCCAAUAUCGGAACCAGGAAAAUAUAGAAUAGCAAAAGUAUUGGACAAGAAGGGUAAUAAUAUUAGAACUUACAAAUCUGAAUUCAUGAUCACAAACUGUCCCCUGGUGAAAUUCUUUUAUCCAGCGAAUUUGGAGAAUGUUAAAUGUAUGGGAAAAGAUAUCUCGCUUGAUGCCCCUUGGUUGGAUAGUGUAUCAACAAUACCUUCUUAUGUUAGAGUUAAUGUCAAACAAGAUGGAUCAGAUGUGAAAACUCUAAAUAUAACGUUGGAAUCCCAGCAUGAUUUACCAUUAAAACCGAUUCAAUUAACUAAGAAUGUAUUAGAAGCGGAGCUUUCCAAGUAUAAUGACUUGUUCAAAACUAAUAGAAGAAGUAGUAAUAUUGAAUUCCAAUUACUUGAUAUUACUGAUUCAUUCGGUAAUAUGAAAAGAUAUAAUCCAUUAUCUAAAGAUAAAGACGUUUGGUAUAAAUUACAACUUAAACAAGCAUCAACCCUUAAACUUAAACCAAUGGUACAGGAUUUAUUAGUUAAUGGAGAAUUGUUUUUGAAAUUCGACAAUAUUCAACAAAUUCAAGAUUACCCAAUUGAUGUUACAGCGCAGUUUUCAAACAGCUCCAAUAUGUUCGAGUUAUCACACACAUUUAAUUCUCGAAUUGAAUUAGAGAAGGGAUUUAAAGUAAACCAGCCUGGUUUGUAUAAAUUAAUCAGUGCUCAUGAUAAUUUCUGUCCUUGCAAGAUAAUUGCUGAACCAAUAACUGUCAAAUUAGCAUUACCUCCGCUGUUAGAUAUUUCAGCACGCUCAGUGAAUGAUAAAUGUCUUGGUAAUAUUGGAUACAAUUUUGAUUUCAACUUUACAGGAAAGCCACCUUUUAGAGUGGGAUACCAAGUAUAUCAUAAUCAAUCAGGAACACUCCGAGCUUUAGGCCAAAAUAGAAGAAAUUUAGUAUCUAAUGAUUACAAGUACUCAUUCAAAUUUAAACCAGAUGAUCCCGGAAGUUAUACUAUCAUCUUCCAUCAACUUACUGAUGCAAAUUAUCAACAAGUUCCUACUAUUUUGGACAAGAAAAAGUAUUCCUAUCUGACAUAUUUCAAUCAGGCAUCACAAGUAGGAUUCCAGGUUCAGAACAGGAAGUUGACAACUUGUUUUGGACAAACCUCAUCACUUCCUUUAUACUUUAAAGGUAAUGGUCCUUUUUCAUUUACUUACCAGUUUAUAGAAGUUGGAACUAGCCAAGUUCUUGAUUCAAAACAAGUGAACAAUGUGGAAGAUUUUACAAUUAACACACCAGAAAAUCUAAUAGGAAAGAGCUAUGAUGUCAAAGUAUCGAACGCAAAAGACAAAUUUGGAUGUGAUGCAAUAAUUCAUGACAAGUCAGUAAGAAUUAUAAGUCGUCCAAAUAUACCAGAACUUGAAUUUACUAAUAUCAAGCAAAAUAUUCGAAUUGCUGAAGGAGAUUCAGUGGGACUUCCACUCAAAUUCAAAUCAUCAAUUGGACAAACUGGAAAUGAUAAGAUAGAAGUCAAGUUUAGUUCUGGGGAUUCAACUAAGGUUAUUCCUGCUGUAAUGAGAGGAAAUUCCAUUAUUGUCAAACAAGCAGGAAACUAUUCUUUAAGUUCAUUUUCAAACAAUGGAUGCCCAGGUAUUAUAUCUCUGGAGAAGACGAUUGAAAUAUCAUACUACCCUAAACCAUCCAUUGAAAUUGUUGCCAAUGAGCUUAAGCAACAUAGGGACCAUAAUACCCUUCAUUUGACACCUAUUUGCGUUGGAUGCUCUAACGAAAUUACCUUGAAGCUUACUGGAAAAGCUCCAUUUGAAUUGGACUACCAAAUAAAGUUACCAAAUGGAAAGGUCGAAUCCCAUACCAUGAAUAUUGAAACUGACGAAAUUAAGAUCAACUUACCAACCAGAAGAAGUGGAAUCUAUGAACAUCAGUUUAUGCGUGUUUUUGAUGCAUUAUAUACAAGAAGGAAUACAGCUGUUGAUAAAACUAUUCCUAAGAUCUUAUACCAAGUUAAUUCACUUCCAAACGGUAAAUUUAUACUUGACAACAGAUUAGUUCAAAUUUGUGAAAACAAGUUGCAAAAUGGUGUUAUAGCUACUUUACCUGUUGAAUUAUCUGGCGAAUAUCCAUUUGAUAUUGACAUGAUUUUAAAGAAUGAGCAAACUGGGAAGGAACAAAGUGUUCAAUUCAAGAGUGUAAAUGAACCAUAUUUGAAAUUAUUGAACUCUCAGUUCUUUUCACUAGGUGAUUAUUCAGUAAGAUUCAGUAAGAUUGUUGAUGGAAAUGGGUGUGAACAAACAAAAUUCAGUGCCAACGACAAGUUUAUAAUAUCAAUUACAGAAACUCCAGAUAUUUUCAAGAGUGAUAACAGGUAUCAUUACUGUAUUGGUGAUCACGUGUCGUAUAAUUUGACGGGUAUCCCACCCUUCACCAUAACCUAUCAAUUCAAUAGCAAGGUCAAGACCACCCAGCUGUAUUAUGAGUUCAGGAGAUUAUCAAGCAAAGCAGGAAAACUUUCAAUUCAAUCAUUACAAGAUUCUGGGGCCAGUGAAUGUAAAGUAAGCUUCAAUUCAGAUAAAUAUUCUAGCUUAGAACUAGAAGUUCACGAUUUACCUACUGUGGAAAUAAACAAAGGUGAUUACAUAAUUGAAGAUUUACAUCAAGGGGAUCAAACAGAAUUGAUAUUCACAUUUAUAGGGACUCCACCAUUUCAAGUCACAUAUAUACGAACAGUAGAAAUAUUGCUAAACAAGAAACCUCAAAAGAAAUUAGUUGAAAAGGAAACUAUCAAGGAUAUUUGGGAGAAUGAAAUAGUCAUACCGGCAAGUCUUGAAGGGACUUACGAAGCAAUCGAAGUUCGUGAUAAAUAUUGCCAAGCAUCAAGAGCGAUUACCUAUAUAGAAUAA